UUGACCAUUAGGGAAGAAAAGGAAGAGUGAGCUGCUUUUGGAUCGCUGACAGAAGACAGCAUGAUGUUCAGGUUUGUUUGUGUCUGCCUUCUCUUAAGUGAAGUAAGCGGUCAACGAGGGUCUGGUGUUCCCUAUAGUUUUGGAUUUUAUAACUUCGAUAAUCGACCUUCUGGUAGUGGCUCUGUACCCUCUGUGAAUGACCUGGGUGAAGUCAAAGGUGGACCUCCGCCAAGUUCCAGUUACACGUCUUCCAGAUACCCAAUUCUAAGUUAUCCUGCCCAAUCAAGUCCAAUGCAGAUGCCACCAAACCAGGCAAGCUAUGCAUGGAUGCCCUCAACUCUGGUGAGCCAGCAAGGCCCAUCCCAAACCCAGGCGAAGCCAGUGUGGGGUCUCAAUCCCCCUGCUCAGGAGGCCCAGGUGCCGCAGACUUCCAGCCAGCCGGCCAAGACUCCACCAGCCCCAGUGAGGCAGGUGCCGCAGACCACCAGCCAGCAGGCUAAGACUCCACCAGCCCCAGUGAGGCAGGUGCCGCAGACCACCAGCCAGCAGGCUAAGACUCCCCCAGCCCCAGUGAGGCAGGUGCCGCAGACCACCAGCCAGCAGGCUAAGACUCCACCAGCCCCAGUGAGGCAGGUGCCGCAGACCACCAGCCAGCAGGCUAAGACUCCUCCAGCCCCAGUGAGACAGGAGCCGGCUCACGAUCCUAAACAUACACCUAGCCCUACUGGUGAUUAUGUGGCGGAAAAGCGUUACUUUGUUCCCUAUAGUUUUGGACUUUAUAACUUCGAUAAUAGACCUUCUGGUAGUGGCUCUGUACCCUCUGUGAAUGACCUGGGUGAAGUCAAAGGUGGACCUCCGCCAAGUUCCAGUUACACGUCUUCCAGAUACCCAAUUCUAAGUUAUCCUGCCCAAUCAAGUCCAAUGCAGAUGCCACCAAACCAGGCAAGCUAUGCAUGGAUGCCCUCAACUCUGGUGAGCCAGCAAGGCCCAUCCCAAACCCAGGCGAAGCCAGUGUGGGGUCUCAAUCCCCCUGCUCAGGAGGCCCAGGUGCCGCAGACUUCCAGCCAGCCGGCCAAGACUCCACCAGCCCCAGUGAGGCAGGUGCCGCAGACCACCAGCCAGCAGGCUAAGACUCCACCAGCCCCAGUGAGGCAGGUGCCGCAGACCACCAGCCAGCAGGCUAAGACUCCCCCAGCCCCAGUGAGGCAGGUGCCGCAGACCACCAGCCAGCAGGCUAAGACUCCACCAGCCCCAGUGAGACAGGAGCCGCAGACCACCAGCCAGCAGGCUAAGACUCCCCCAGCCCCAGUGAGGCAGGUGCCGCAGACCACCAGCCAGCAGGCUAAGACUCCACCAGCCCCAGUGAGGCAGGUGCCGCAGACCACCAGCCAGCAGGCUAAGACUCCUCCAGCCCCAGUGAGACAGGAGCCGGCUCACGAUCCUAAACAUACACCUAGCCCUACUGGUGAUUAUGUGGCGGAAAAGCAUUACUUUGUUCCCUAUAGUUUUGGACUUUAUAACUUCGAUAAUAGACCUUCUGGUAGUGGCUCUGUACCCUCUGUGAAUGACCUGGGUGAAGUCAAAGGUGGACCUCCGCCAAGUUCCAGUUACACGUCUUCCAGAUACCCAAUUCUAAGUUAUCCUGCCCAAUCAAGUCCAAUGCAGAUGCCACCAAACCAGGCAAGCUAUGCAUGGAUGCCCUCAACUCUGGUGAGCCAGCAAGGCCCAUCCCAAACCCAGGCGAAGCCAGUGUGGGGUCUCAAUCGCCCUGCUCAGGAGGCCCAGGCGCCGCAGACCACCAGCCAGCAGGCUAAGACUCCCCCAGCCCCAGUGAGGCAGGUGCCGCAGACCACCAGCCAGCAGGCUAAGACUCCACCAGCCCCAGUGAGACAGGAGCCGCAGACCACCAGCCAGCAGGCUAAGACUCCCCCAGCCCCAGUGAGGCAGGUGCCGCAGACCACCAGCCAGCAGGCUAAGACUCCACCAGCCCCAGUGAGACAGGAGCCGCAGACCACCAGCCAGCAGGCUAAGACUCCCCCAGCCCCAGUGAGGCAGGCGCCGCAGACCACCAGCCAGCAGGCUAAGACUCCCCCAGUGAGACAGGAGCCGGCUCACGAUCCUAAACCUACACCUAGCCGUACUGGUGAUUCUGUGGAGGAAAAGCGCUACCUUGUUAUAGCUCAGCCAUCAGGUUUUCAAACCCGCUAUGUGGUCAAAUCAUUUAACCGUUAUGUACGAGGAAAAAAGGUCUUUUCCCAAACCACCUACAUCCCACUGCACUAUCGUUCAAGUGAAACUGCCCCUGAGCCUGCCCCCGUCACCAUUUUUCCAUGAUGCUCAGACUGUCCAAACUCUGGAGGCCCUUUCUAACAG